CGCUGCUCUGCUCGCUGCGCUUCCUGUUUCCGGUGUGGAACAACAACAACACGUGUGUGUCUGCAGAGCUCGACAUGUUUCCCGCCUUGCACCGGAGAGUCGGGGACGUUUUGUUACCGGGAGACGAGUUCUCCCCCGAGGCCGACGACAGCAUCUCUCUGACGGAGCACGUGAAGCCGGAGAAGGUGGUGUGCGGCCCGGGGCUGCGGCGGAGCGGGGCCCGGCUGCUGGUGUGUAAGAGCGGCGUGCUGCGACACAAACAGCCCAACAUGUUCUGGAUGGAGUCCCAGCAGAGGAGGUAUGUCCCGGCUAAAGGUGAGACCGUCAUCGGCAUCGUGACGGUCAAAUCAGGAGACGUCUUCAAGGUGGACUGUGGAGGGAGUGAGCAGGCGUCUCUGUCCUACCUGGCCUUUGAGGGAGCCACCAAGAGGAACAGACCCAACGUACAG